AUGGAUCCUAAUGGGACAAACAGCACCGUUUCGAACGCUUCCUUCUACGUUGCUUACGGCGUCCAAGGGUUCAUAUCUGUGAUAGGACUGCUCGCCAACGCCUUCAUCAUCUUCCUCCUUGCGCGGUAUCCUGCCGUCAGAAGCGUCGCCAACGUCUACGUGGGAAACCUGGCCGUGGCUGAUUUCGGCUUCUGCCUGUACAGCCUUGUGCAGACGCCGCUGUCCGUACUGGAGGAGGACCCCAGUAUGGGUACUGAUAACGAUUCCCUCAGCUACCAAAGAGGGUGUGACGUCGGUCGCGUCCUUGCCAUUUUGUUCGCGUCAGCCAGCGUGUUCCACCUGACGGCGAUCGCCGUGGAGCGUCAUCACGCCGUCACGGCUCCCCUGGACCACCUGCAGCACAGAAGCGUCAGGAGGGCCCUGGUGACCUGCCUGGUGUGCUGGACGGCAGCCAUCUUCACUGCAGCGCUCGACACCGUGAUACGGAACGUCAUCACCCAAACCUGGGACUUCACCGCUCAGAGCCUCUUCGAAUGCGUUUAUCUCAAGUACAUUGGCUCUUCAACGAAUGGCACCAACCCCUUGCUCUUCCUAGCCAUUCUUAUAUUUGUGAUUGCGUACGUAACGCCAGCUUGUGUGAUGAUACCGUUGUACGUCCGUGUCUUUUGGGAAGUCCAAAAGUCUAACAGAUUUGCGGCGAGGAAUGACGAACAAGCCGUCCGGAUGGUGGUCGUUGUCACUGUUUUCUUCCUGGUCUGCUGGCUGCCGUUCCACGUCACUUCCGUCGUCAUCGCGUCAUCCGGUUACCAUGGAGACGAGGAGGCGCUGCACGCGUGCUGGGCGUUCGGAUUGGUCAACUCGGCCGCGAACCCCUUUCUGUACGCCCUUCUCGGACGGAAGUUUCGCGGGCAGAUAAGACAGAUGUUCGGCAACGCUGCGCCGUGCAGAGGGACAAGGAAGCAGAGACAAAGCAAUGUCGCCCAUCCAGACAGUACCAGCGUAGAUACAACAGUCUCCCAGUCUCAAACAACGUACCUAUAG